ACAUCUGCUUGGAGAUAAGUGUUUGUUCCGUCCCGUGGACAGAGCUUCUGCGCAAGACGACCGCCUGCAUGGCACGAUCGCGAUCUGAGCUCAAGUGGCGACCGAAAGUGACCCAACACCUGCCUAUGAUGACUAGGUCAUCUUCAAGCGGGCUAUAGCAGCUAUUUUUGAUGAAUAUUGUGCUGAAAUGUACAGUUUGCGAAGUCACUAUUAUUAGGGUUUUCGAUUAAAGAUGGCGGUUGAGGUCAAUGGAAUAGUACACUGUAAUAUUGGGGGAAAACUUUGAAUUCAAUGUGAUUAGUUUCUUCAUUCACCAGUACAAAAUGCACAAUUACUUAUUACAGUCAUCAUACUAAUAACGAAAAUAAAACAUACAUUACAGUAUUAUACUUUGCAACGUUUGUAUUUGAAAAGAAAUGCAUUUACGUCUCUGUACACCAAAAUUUACUCCCCCAUGGUACUAGUAGAAUAUUCCAAACAGACAAGAGACGGUGGUCGGCCACACGUACAAACCGUGCGUUACUCUUUCAUCUUUUUACGAUGGAAAGCAAGUGGAGCAUGCAAGCGAGGCGGGCUGGGAGGUAUGAGAAGAAGACUUUGACGCUGGGGGAGAAGAUCGACGUGAUUCGGCAGUACGAGAAGGGCGGGACCGGGGCUCGAGCGCUCGCCAAGGUCUUUGGAGUAGGUAAGACGCAAAUCCAGAACAUCGUGAAGAGGAAACUGGAGUACCUAGCGGAUUAUGAGAAUAAUGCACCCAUCCACAAGAGAAGGAACGUAAGGCAGAAGGUGACUGAGGAACAAGAGACCACAUCUGGCGGAGAAAUAGAUUUAAACUCGCAAGGACAACAACAACAACAACAACAACAGGACAUCAACCAACCGCUGUUUACGAUGGAGAGCCAGUCGAGCACGCAAGCGAAGCAGGCUGCUGCGAAGUUGGAGAAGAAAACUUUGACGCUGGGGGAGAAGAUUGACGUGAUUCGGCGGUACGAGAGGGGCGGGACCGGGGCCCGAGGGCUCGCCAAAGAAUACGGGGUAGGGAAGACGCAAAUCCAGAACAUCGUAAACAGGAAACAAGAGUACCUAGCGGAUUAUUACGAGAAUAACGCACCAAUCCACAAGAGAAGGAACAACAGGGAGACAGCGAAUGAAGACAUCAACAAGCUUUGCUGGCAGUACUUCUGUGAAACAACCGUCAGGCCCGUCACAGGACCAAUGCUACAACAACAAGCUCUAAAGUUUGCAGAACAGCUGGGCGUUGUAGGCUUCAAAGCAUCCAAUGGCUGGUUAGAAAGUUUUAAAACCCGGCACAACAUCGUCCUCGGGUUCAAGAGCGCUGAAAUCCCGGGAACAAGUGGGGACAAGUGGGCAGACAAGAUAGCUGAUGUCACGACCGGCUAUUCCGCAGAAGACAUCUAUAACAUGGAUGAAACCGCCCUGUUCUUUCGAACGACUUCCAACCAAACGUUCAUGGGAGGUGAUCACAGUUACUUUAGUGGGCAAAAUCAGGCCAAAGACUGCCUCACUGUAGUCCUGUGUGCCAACAUGGCCGGGGGGAAAGAGAGACCGCUUGUCAUUGGCCACUCGGCCCGCCCUAUGUGCUUCAAGAACCUGCCACAGUCCAGUCUUCCUGUCACUUACGCCCACAACAAGAUGUCUUGGACGACAUCCGAACUGUUCCUGGACUGGUUGAAGAGCUUUGAUCUGAAGAUGGGACUAGAGAAUCGCAAUGUUCUCCUUUUCCUGGACCAGGCGCCGAGCCACCCUCACGUCAGGCUCAGGAACGUCGAGCUGGUGUACUACCCGUCAAACACCACGUGGAGAGCACAGCCCAUGGGCCAGGGUGUGGUCCAGCGCUUCAAACUGAAGUACCGCAAGCGUCAACUGACACGCAUCCUCCAGGACAUGCAGAGGCAUCGUGGGGCAACAGGUGAAGAACUGGUCACGCAGUUGACAGUCCUGGACGCCAUCCAUUGGAUCGCCUCAGCCUGGCAGGACGUCACGGAGAACACCAUCCAGACGUGCUUUGAGAAGGCCGGCUUCGACCAUGUAACUCUUGUCAAUGCUGAUCCAGUCAAUGUCGAAACGGGGGCAUCAGACUCAGAAGAUCAGGUUGGCAUGGACGAACUCUCUCAAGAACUCUUCGGAUGCGACUUCCAAGAGUUGGCGGGCGUUGACCAGGACCUGGCAACAUGCGACAUGGAGGGGCGGGACUGGAACGAAGACGCCACGAUUCUCCUGGAUGAACUUCAGGCCAGCCAGGAGACAGAGACCGUGUUGGACUCGGAUGAUGACACCGACAGUACCAGGACCAAUCCUAUCAAGGACCUGAACACCUUAGUAGACCUGAUGAAACACAUCAAGAACUUCUGUGCAGAGGAGGGUCUUGGUGACCUGUUGAACGCAUUCCAACAAGCAGAUGAUAUUUUGAACUCGAUUUGGAGCGAGGGGCAAGGCACUGUGUAAUAGAACUGACCACAUGCACUAUUGCUAUGUAUAUUCUCUGCAUUUGUUCAUACAUGUAGCUGAAUGAGAUAUGUUUUUAGUAUGAGUCCUGUCUGUAUACCAUGACCUGUACAGCAACAUUUUGUAACACAGUUUAUCCAGUUUUCUUGAGUUUUUGGUGGGAGAACUUUUCGAGUCAGGAAUAAGUAAUGUGGACUUUUACCCCUAGCAGCUUGUUUUGGUACUGCAUAACAGAUACUUAAUAAUGCAGAUAUGGACAUAUUUUUUUCACUUAUUAAUUGCCACAAAACAAAACACGAAGGCCACUCUAAGUACAAGUAUAUAGGUUACAAAAUACAAGAAUCAGACUGUAACAGCAUCUCUCAAGUCACUG